CUGGCUGGGCGGGAAAAUCCCUCGAUCAAAAUCACAAAACCCCCAAUUUUGAUCACAGCCAAACAAAACCAACCUUUCUCCACUUCCCGCUCUUCGCCAUGUCCGGCGUAGGCCGUACAAUCAACGUCCUCAACGUGGCGGAGAAGCCUUCAGUGGCGAAGUCGGUGGCCGGAAUCCUCUCGCGAAACCAGGGCCUUAGAGUGCGCGAGGGACGGUCGCGCUACAACAAGAUAUUCGAGUUCAAUUACGCGAUUCGUGGACAAUCCUGUCACAUGCUCAUGACCUCCGUUACUGGACACCUUAUGGAGCUUGAGUUCGAGGAUCGUUACCGUAAGUGGCACUCUUGUGACCCCGCUGAUCUCUACGAAGCGCCCGUUCGGAAAUUUGUCCCCGAGGAGAAGAAGGAUAUCAAGAGGACAUUGGAGGAGGAAGCAAGGAGGUGUCAGUGGCUAGUUUUAUGGCUUGAUUGUGAUAGAGAAGGAGAAAACAUAGCAUUUGAGGUGAUUGAUGUUUGUAGAGCGGUGAAUUCUCAUCUUGUUAUACGAAGGGCUCGGUUCUCUGCAUUGAUUGACAGGGAAAUCCAUCAGGCAGUGCAGAAUCUUGUUGAUCCUAAUGAGUGGUUUUCUGAUGCUGUGGAUGCUAGGCAAGAAAUCGAUCUCCGGAUUGGUGCUUCUUUUACCAGGUUUCAGACUAUGCUUUUGAAAGAUAAGUUUCAUAUUGAUUCAGCUACUGGUGACAGAAAUCUUGUUCUAAGUUAUGGUCCUUGCCAGUUUCCAACACUUGGCUUUGUUGUGGAACGCUAUUGGGAGAUACAAUCACAUGAACCGGAAGAGUUUUGGAUAAUCAACUGUUCUCACAGAUCAGAUGAAGGCACUGCUUCUUUCAGUUGGAUGCGUGGACAUUUAUUUGAUUAUACUAGUGCAGUCAUAAUUUAUGAAAUGUGUGUUCAGGAGCCUACUGCAACUGUCACAAAGGUUAGACAACAGGAGAAGUUGAAGUAUCCUCCAUACCCUUUGAGUACCAUUGAACUAGAGAAACGUGCUUCGCGAUACUUUCGGAUGAGUUCUGAACAUACCAUGAAGGUGGCCGAAGAUUUAUAUCAAGCUGGUUUUAUCAGCUAUCCUCGUACAGAGACGGACAGCUUUUCUAGUAGGACUGAUUUGCAUACAAUUGUGCAAGAACAACAAGGGCAUCCUGUGUGGGGAUCAUAUGCUCAACGCUUGUUGGACCCUGAGGCAGGUCUGUGGAGAAAUCCUGGUAGUGGUGGACAUGAUGACAAGGCCCAUCCACCCAUUCACCCAACAAAAUUUUCUGCUGGGGAAUCUGGAUGGAGUCAAGAUCACCAUAGAUUGUAUGAGUUGGUUGUUCGCCAUUUUCUGGCUUGUGUAUCACAGCCAGCUGUGGGGGCUGAAACUAUUGUUGAAAUAGAUAUUGCUGGUGAGCAAUUUUCUGCAUGCGGGAGAAUGAUAUUAGCUAAAAAUUACUUAGAUGUUUAUCGCUUUGAAUCAUGGGGAGGUUCAAUGAUCCCGGCUUAUGCCCAUGGACAACAGUUCAUCCCAACAACAUUGACUCUUGAUUCAGGAGUCACUAGACCACCGCCUCUUUUAAGUGAAGCUGAUUUACUAAGUUGUAUGGACAAGGCGGGCAUUGGAACAGAUGCGACAAUGCAUGAUCACAUAAAGAAGCUGCUUGAUAGGUUUUAUGCAACAAAGGAUGCAAAUACACGCUUCUCACCAACUAAUCUUGUAACUGAUUUGGCUUGA